ACCCUAAAGGGUCAAAGCAAAGGUCAAAGCAAUGUUGAUAUUUUCGUCAUAAUAUUUUUAUUAACUUUAAAAUAAUGCUAGGCAACUUAAAAGAUUUUAUUUCUGUCGUGCAAGAUGGGCUGGCUUCUAACAACAAUAUAAGACAAACUCUACAAGAAGUGCAGAAAGUGAAAAAUAUAUUCAAAGACAAGCAAAAGUUUGCUCACGAAAGCAAAGUUAAUUACGGAGCUGGGGGUGCUUUGUUAGAAAAAUAUCAAGAAGAUUGGGCUAAAAUACAUGAAAACGCUGAUAAUAAUGCUAAGGCAGCCGACGAAGUAGACAAAUUAAUCGUAGAGUUACACGAAGUGACUAAAAAACGGUUACAAAGUGCGAAUGAAUUGGCGCACAAUUUGUCUUUUAUUCCAAGUUUGACUGCCUCCGUGGCAGAGUGUAUGGAUAGUUUGAAGAAUGUGCAGGAGAUGCUGAAGUCGGUAGAGGAGGAGCUGGUGGAAUUUGAGGAUAUUGUCGAGAGAAGUAAAAUGGAGAAUUGGAAACUAGAUCACCAUUAUCAUUUGACUAUGUACAAGGAGAAGAAGAUGGUGGCAUUAGAAGAGGUUCGCAACAAACUAGCAAAGGAAAACAGUCAACUGAACUACGAGAGAGAGCGUCAACAACUGGCCGAGUUACAGUCCAGAAGAGAACAGAGUUCCAAUGCGUUCCAGCAAGACGUUGCCAAGUACUUAGCUAGCGGUACCAUCACAACAAGUCAGCCUUCGACUCCUAAGAUCACGCUCGAGCAAAUACAACUGGAUGAUGACCGCACAGAUUUGGAGAAAUUCCUCGAUAGUUGAUGUGAAGCUUGUUUCACGAUAUCAGAGCUUGUACAAUUAAGACUAAUGCAUUCUAUUUUAAUAUUCCAAAGUUAAUAUAAUAUUGUUGAGUAUUUUACCAAAGAUAA